AUGAGUGUUUUAAUUGUUUCAUUUCUUGUCUUCAUCACUGCGUAUAUUGUUCAUUUUUAUUGGAAAGUUAGCAAAUAUCCGAAAGGACCAUUUCCAUUGCCGUUUGUUGGGAACUUACUGCAGUUUCCCGCUGAAAACAUCCAACUGUACAUUGAUGAUUUGUCUAAAACCUAUGGUCCAUGCUUCACUAUCUGGACACCUCUACCAUCAGUUGUUGUAACUGACUAUGAGCAUGUGAAAGAAGCGUUUGUUACACAAAGUGAAACUUUCACAUAUCGAUCACAUCUUCCGCCAGAGGCUCUAUUGCAACCUCAUGUCAAUACUGGUGUCUUGUUAGCUGAUGGGGAUAACUGGAGAAUUCAAAGACGGACCUCGUUGAAAAUUCUUCGAGAUUUCGGAUUGGGAAGAAAUUUGAUGGAGGAACAAGUGAUGAGAUCCGUUCACGAGAUGCUAUCACAGCUGGAAAGUAUUGCUGAUAAGAAGAAUGUUGAUAUGUUCUGGCCAAUACAACUAUGCGUUGGUAAUGUAAUCAACGAGAGUUUAUUUGGGUACCACUACAAACAUGAAGAUUCUGAAAAGUUUCAAAAUUUUGUGGGAAUCGUCGAUACUCAUCUUAGGAAUGUGAGAAACCGUGCACCGCUUCUGGUUGCUGCAUUUCCAUGGAUGAAACAUCUUCCAAUUAUUGGUGAACUGGGUUAUCAUUUUUUAAAGAGAAAUAUUGACACUUAUCACAAAUUCAUACAAGAAGAAGUAACAACACAGAUCAAGGAAUACGAUGAAGAAGUUGAACCUGAAAACUUUGUCCAUGCUUACAUGAAACAGAUGAAGCAGGCUGGAAAUCCAAAUUUAGACAUGACAAACUUGUGCGCAUCUGUACUCGAUUUCUGGGUAGCUGGUAUGGAAACCACUUCAAAUUCCCUCCGUUGGCAUUUGGCAUACAUGAUGAAAUAUCCGGAGAUCCAAGACAAAGUUCGGAAAGAAAUAUUUGAUGUUGUGGGAACAUCAAGACUACCGUCAAUGUCUGACAAGCCGAAUAUGCCAUACACGCAAGCGGUUAUCCAUGAAGUUCAGAGACACUCCAACAUGAUUCCUAUUUUGGGCUCUCAUUUAAAUGUUGAAGAUACGACUGUUCUAGGGAAGAAAGUCCCAGCAGGAUCAUUCUUGAUUGCACAGAUCUGGUCAGUUAUGAAGAAUGACAAGGUGUUCGAAGACGGAGAAAAGUUCAAUCCAGACCGGUAUCUCCUUUCUGACAGGAAGACAUUCAACAAGACUGUUUUGGAACGCACCAUCCCAUUCAGUGUCGGAAAACGUAAUUGUGUUGGAGAAGGAUUGGCUCGCAUGGAACUUUUCUUGAUCUUCAGUGCAUUGAUUCAGAAGUAUGAGUUUGUGCCAGCAUCUAAAGUUGAUUUGACUCCUGUCUGGGGAGCAGUGCUCACUACCAAUCCGUACAGAUGUAAAUUGGUUCCACAAGCUGCAUAA